AUGCCUUCUACAUACUCACGACCCCAAGCAACCUUCCUUCUCAACCUCUCUGAGAUCAUCCAACUUUACCCAGAGGAAGAACCAUGGUGCGCAGGAUACGCACCAUCACAGCGUCGUCGCUGCCACAUGCCAACAAAUGCUCGGAACCGGAAAACCGCCAUGUACUUAUUAGACGAAGGGACCAAAGACAUCCAUGCAGGACGAGACAUCAACGACCUGCUCGAAGACCUGGCUCCUUAUGUUCUGUGCACACGAUUCCACAAGAAUCAGGCCCCUGAACUUGCCGCAAAGUGGAAGUGGCAAGUUCAACGAUUCCUGGCCUCCUAUAUGGUCCUUGCUCCUGCUCAACGAGCUGCCCGAGAGGGACGACAAAUUAGCUCUCUGGCAAGAUCCAGGCAAAGUGUAGAGGUGGAAUAUUCACACCCGGAGAAAUGGCUCACGGUACGGAUCGGGGAGACUGAACAUCUACGGACUACUCGAUUAGCGCCAGCGGCUUCGCAAGGACAUCUCAUCAAUGAGCGCGUCACUCAAACUGCAAACUCCCCCGAUAGACCACGCGAUAGACCACGCGAGCUCGCUAUGAGCAGUCCUGCCGUUUCAACGCAGGAAAUAUCGAGUAGAACAAGAGCAGUAGCUUCCAACUCCCAAACACGCCUUCAGGUUGCCCCUGCUGCGGCAUCGAACCGGGAGCUAUCGAACAUACCAACACCAGCUAUUCGCGCGACCUCCAGUCAUGUUCGCCCUGAGAGUGGCACAAGCGUCGCUUUACCCUCUACUAUAUCAUCGCGUUCUGGCGAUGCUACUCGCCGAGCCGUUGAAGGAGACUGUACCAUCUGUUUUGAUCCCUUGAAAAAUGCUCGCUCUGAAGCUGGUGAUGGUGCUCACCAUGGUACAGAUGACGAGGAAGAACAGCGGGAAUUAUCCUGGUGCAAAGCCCAAUGUGGAGUCAACUACCAUGCGACCUGCAUUGAAUCUUGGCUGAAAGCCUCCCCUAAGUCUACAUGUCCGACAUGUAGGAGUGCAUGGAGGAAGUAG